AUGAGCUUUAGAGGAGCUAGUCUGCUCCCAAAAAGAAUUUUCAUAUUUUCAGUACCUUGGCUACUAUAUAGCUAUAAAGUUUACUGCACUUCUUGGAUUACAGACAAUAAUAUCAAAGAUUUAGUAAGUGAACCAUUCAGAAUAAAUAAUGCACAAUUUAAAAAAUAUCUGCAGUCGGAUGUGAAAGAGGAAUUAGAUGACGAGACUUUUGAAGUGAUAAAACCUCGACCAACUAGUAGUCUUGAUAAGUAUGAAAUUAAUAGCCUAUAUGACUCAUUAGCUCAGCAAGUUAGAGUAAUAGUUUCUUCAUGCCCAUCUGUAGUUUUUCUAAAAAAUGAAAUUUGUAAGAAGUAUAACAACGGCAAUAAAAAUGAUGGGGUGGCCAACUUUUUCUAUCAUGAUAAACUGUGCGAUGAGUAUUCACCUUCACUUACAGCUUAUUCACACUCUUCAACUGAACCAUCAUAUACUGAUUCCGGCGAUGUUUUAGUCACAAUGGAGAAUGAGGACAUAAUUAUUGACAAUCCUAACUGUGGUAUAGUGGUUGUUGAUGGUGAUGUAACAAUAUGUGGAGAUCUUACAGUUGCAAAUGGGCAACUCAACGUUUUAACUUCAUUUGAUGCAAAUCAAGUAUUUGAAAUGUCAUCUAGUCAUAAACAUCCAAAGCACACAUUGAAGCAAUGUAUUAUCAGGAAAGGUCUAACUAUACGUGGAUCUCUAAUAGUUCCAUUUUCAAACUUAUAUAUAAUUGGUAAUGUAUCAGUAGGUAAAAACAUAUACGGAAUGGAUAUCCAAAUAGAUCUAUCAUCUACUGUAUACACUGGACUUUUAUAUUUAUAUUCAACAAUUUAUGAAUUAGAGAAGAAUAAUACAAAUUGGGAUCCAUUUGUACUAACUCCUAUGUUGCUUCAGCUCCAGUCUCAAUUUUGUCCAAGUAAAUUUUUAAAAGAAUUGAUUGAUAAUAUUGGAGUGAAACUGAAUAAUUCCACUUUGCCUGAAUUGGAGACUCCAUCGUCUAAAGGGUCUAUAUGGUCUGGAAGUAAACUUUUUGUAGGGAAUAGAGGAAGACUUUGGGCUCGUGGUGAUAUCAUUGCUGGUGAGAUUUCUAUUGCUGAUGGGGGAUUUGUUUAUGGGACCUGUGGAAAUUUGAAAACUAAUGUAACAGAUGGACUAGGAAUCCACAUUCGGGACUCCGGUAAACUUCAUAUGCUAAAUGCAUCAGUGGAAACAAGUCGUUUGUCAAUAGUCAGGUCUUCAAAAAUGAAUAUAUUAAAAGGUAGUAUAUGGGUAGAAAAAGUUCUUGUUUUACAUACCGGUUCUAGUUUGAGUGUUUCUGACAAAUUGAAAUUCUCUUUUGGCUUAGCUAGAGACUCUUCAACUGUCUUUGCUGGCUCAAUUCUUGUUAACUACUUUGAAGAACAGACCAUCUUAAAUAAUACAUUUUAUAAUAGUAGUGAUUUAAUUAGAAGUAAUUACAAUAAAGUAGUGUCAAAUAUUGGAAAUAAAACAAAUAGUAUACUUGGUUAUUUUCAAAUACUUGCUACUUCAUCAAUACAUAUUAGUAAUGAGUUAAUAGUUCAUGGAAGUUUAGAAAUUAGUCAGGCAUCAGAAGUACUUGUUCAAGGUAAAAUAUCAAUAGAUAAUAAUUCAAUAAUAAGUGAAAGUUCCAGUUUAUUUAUUCAGGGAAAUUCAGAUAAAGUUAGAUUAGAUUAUCCAAAUUUUGAGCUAACUAAGGAUAUACAUGAAAACUUAGUACACAGAAUAAAUGGAUCAAUGCUAGUUACUAAUUCAAGUAAAUUAGCAAUUUUAAAUGGUGGGUUACUUGUAAAUGAAUAUCUUGAUAUUAUUAAUGGAGAAUUAUAUAUAAGUAAUGGAAGUUUAACCGUUAAAGAAAGUGUUAUAGCUAGUAAGAGAGGCACUCUGAAAAUAAGCUUAGGAAAUAUCGUGAUAGGUUCAUUAAAGAGCGAAAAUCAAACACCAAAUGAGAAGCUUCCUAGUUUCUUUGUAUCAGAUAGUCAAGUUCUUGUUGGAGGUAGUAUAGUCAUUUAUAAUGGUAAUGUUGAUGUAAAUACUAGGGGAUACCUACAGGUUGAAUGUAGAUUAAUUGUAUCUUCAGGAAAUCUGGGAAUUUCAUUGAGUUCAGCAAUUUGGAUUAAAGGUAUAAAUAAUUCAAAAUCUUUGAUUUUUACUAAUGAAGGCCUAGUAUCACCACAAAACUCAAAAUUUGGAAAUUUUACUAUAGUUGUUAAUGGUAAUGUAACUUUAAAUUCUUCUAAUCUUUAUAUUGGUAAUGGGAAUGUUUCAGUUGACAGUUUAAUUCUCACAACUAAUUCACAAUUUACUGUAAUUCAAAGUCAAGAUACAGCAGAACUUGGAAAUUUUAAAGAUGAGCAAGAAUACAGUAUAUUUAUAAAUGUUCUUUUAUUACAAGGUUAUUCGAAUUUGCAAUUAUUGAAGAAAAAUUACAAGUUGCUAGUAGAAUUAGGUGUCAUGAUAGAUGAGUUCUCUAUUUUAUACUGUGAUUAUAUGCAAAUUAAAGGUGAUAUUUUUGUUGAUGAUGGGGCUAUUUUUUCAGGAAAGCUACUAGAAUUGGUUGGAUAUAGUACUAUUGCCUGCCAAGAUUCUGCACGUGUAUACCUACAGCAGAUAAAUGUUCAUUUCGAUGAAGUAACUGCUUAUAAUUUAAUAAAAGAAGUUAAUGGGACAAAAGUAUUACCAAAAAAAACUAUAUUUGUAGCUGAAAAUGGUGCAUCUAUAUAUAUUCAUCGGUCUUCCUACAGCUGUAGAUACAACGAUUGUAUUAAGCGUUUACAUGGGAUACGAACAAGGGAAUCUACUUUAUAUAUUGGAGAAAGUAAACCAUGGAAUAUACCUAUUAAACUAUUUGUUCAGCAUCUCGAUAGUAAAAACCAACUUGAGUCUGAUGUUGUAGAUCCAAUAGCAUUUGUUGCCAGAAGAAAUGCAACUUAUACAAAUAAUAUACAGCAAGAUAAACAAAUAAUCAAAAAUAAAGGUGAACAAAUACGUAGUGGUAGAGUAUGGAAUAGAAAUCAAAAUACUAAAGGUGUAGAGUUUAAGCCUAUUCAGUGGCAAUAA